AAGAAAGAAGAACAAACAAGGAAGCAACAAGAAGGAACCUGUUGUGCACAGAAGGCAGUGGAAUGAAGACACGCCGUGAAUGUGAAUGCCAUAAUGAACACCAAAACAAACCAUGAAUAUACUUCUAAUUCGUACAAUGGAGGUAUUAUGGGAAAUGAUAGUCCUGCUGCUUUAUUAGAUAUGCUGGCAGAAGUUGCAUCUCAGACACUACACUCAGAAAAAACACAUAAUAAAUCAUUAUUAGCGACACAAUGCAAAUCAAAAACAGAUUAUAUAAAGAGGAAAUCACAAGAAAUAUAUUUUGGUGUACCUCAACUGUUGUCUAUGCCUGCAUCACAAUUAGUUAAACAGUUUUCCAUUUUUACAAGUGAUGAAUUAAAAAGACAAUAUUCUUAUACUUGUGCCUUGGUUGUCGGAUGUGGUCAGAAGUACACUAGUUUUGCAAGUGAAGGAAGAGCAAGAAUGUCUAUUAAAGCACAUUUGGCAGAACACUUGGAAUAUUUAAAAGCAAAUAAAGAAACCUAUAAAACUUUUACUGCAAAGUCUGUAAAUUAUAAAAAUAAUAAAACAAAUUCUCAAAAUAAAAAGAAUAGACUACAAUCAUCAAGAAAACCACAAGAAACAUUGAACAAGGAGAACAAAAAUGUUAUCGAAAAAUCAACGAAUUAUCUUCGAAACAUUCUAUUAAAUGAUUCUAGCUUUAAAGAAUUAGAUAAAAAUAAAAGUUUUGAGAAAUUGGAUAAAUCUAAAAAACUACAUAGCACAGAACAAAACGAUGUAGAUAAAACGGAUUUUAAAGUUUUCGGAGACCACAGUUAUUUUGAACGUUUGAAGGAUGAAAAUCCUAAUGGGAAGGAAUUAUGUCUUAAUAAUGUCCUAGAAAAUGCAGAAAUGGAUGAAAAUAUUGUACUUAUGGUUGUUGGUGCUGAUACUAUUCAUAUGAAAGAGUAUUCACACAUCAAUCAAAAGCUGUCAGAGAAAAUUAGUCAGGAAACAGACACCAUCUAUUUACCUGAAAUAUCAUGGUCAACUGAAGGCUGCAAUAAAAAUGUAGAAAUUACAACAACCAAACCUAAGGGCAAAGCAAAAUUUAUAGGUACCAGCAAAGAAGAGCGAGAAAUGGCGUUAGCUUUCAUGGAUCGCAUCAAGAAAAAGGGAAACCCAACUGGAAGCAAUCUUGAAUGUCGAAUUUGUAAUCCACCAAGAAGUUUUACAGCACCAACGACUUUAGUAUCUCAUUACCGAAGUCAUGCUGGGAUAAAACCAUAUGAAUGUCGUAUAUGCAGAGCAGUUUUUACAAGAAGACACAGCUUAAAAUAUCAUAUGCUAAUUCAUCAAAAUCAAACACGAUUUACGUGUGCUGAUUGCGGCAAAAAAUUUAGACAUCCGUCGCAUUUUAGGGAACAUCGCCGCCGACACACUGGAGAAGCACCAUUUGGAUGUGACGAUUGUGGGCAAAGGUUUAAGACCAGAAAUACUUAUAAACGUCAUUUAAAAACGAGACAUGGUAAAGUCUUAACAACUACUGGAGAAUUGUUAUAUCUCUCUGAAGAAGACUUUCAAAAAGUACGGACUAAUAGGAAGAAGAAGAAUGACGUAAUUAAAGAACGUGUGGUAGAUGAGGCCAUAACUGCAGCAAAAACAUUAAUGAAUUAUCAAAGCGAUGACAACCAUUUUCAAAAUACUACUGAAAGAUAUAUUAUUAAUGAUAAUAAUAAAAAUUGGGAGACAAAUGAUGCAAUAAAAAUUAUCAAGAAUUGUUUUGACACUUACGAGAUUUGUUCAGAAUCUCAAUUAAAUAAGACUGAUUCUAUAGAGACUGAAAUACCUAUAGAUAAUAGAGUUUCUACUAAAGCUGAGGAUAUAUUACCGAUGGAAUACACAGAUAAAGUACAAGAGAAUUUGCCACAAUUACAAAAUGUUUCUUACAAUAAGUUAGAAGUAAUUAAAGACGACAAAUCUGAAUCAAUUUAUCACAACAUUAACGAGCCACCAUCAUACAUUAAAAUACAAUAUAAUACUUCGAUUAAUGAUGAAAAUGAAAAUAAUACCGAAUUUCAAGAAAAUUUUGAAUUUUUGGGGAAACAAUUUAAAAACCGUAUUCAAAUAGCAGAGCAUAACGAAGAACAAUUUUGCAAUGAUCCAUUGAAUGAAACUAUAAAUGAACAUUGCAACAGGCAUAUAAUUCUUACUGAAGAACAUGAAGAAGUCAAUAAUGUCACCAUUCACGGCGAUAAACCUUACGAAGAAAAACAUGAAGUUAUUUUGGCAAAAGAUUUGAUAAAUACUAAUUCUUUACAGCCAGAUAAUCAAAUUAUUAAUGAUGCAAGUAAAAAUAUUUUAUUAGAACAAGAUGAAGAAUCCAUAAUAAACGAAAACAAAACAAUAGGUAACCAUUCAACUAUAGUAAGAGAUUUAAUAAAAAGUCGAGUAAUUACACCAUUAAACAGUGUUUUUAGAAAGAGUCAGAAACUAAUGCAUCAAACAAAACAGCGUAUAUACAUUAAUAAUGAACCAUUGACGAGUAUAAUAGUACAAAAUAAAUGCGUCAACAUUAUUCCAAAAUAUCAAGCUUGUCACGAUGGACAAACAAAAGCAAGAUUACAAUCCAAUCCAAAUCGAAAUUUAACAAAUAAACACAUGCAAGAAGUCAAUAUAGGACACAACGGAAAUGAAAAUACGAUUUUAUUAUUGACUAAUGAUACUUUACAGAACAGCAUACUUAAGAUCGAACAAACUAACACUGUUGACAAUUUCGGAAUAAAUAUUAAAAAAAAGUAAGUAAAAUUUAAGUGACUCUUUGAGAUUUUGAUAUGUAAAUAUUGAUAGAAAAAAAAUAUAUUUAAUAUUUUCUACUCUCUCAAAAAGA